AUGGCCACUCCCUCUUCGCAGCUUGACACCAAAGACCCUGCACUCAAGCGUGUCCUCUACUCUUCCCUUGCUGCCGGCACAAUCAGCGGCACGUUUGGCUCGGCAUAUGGCCUGCUCAAGGGACCUUCUGCCACAGCAGUUGGGGCACCUAUGGCCAUCACUACAGCGGGCUACGCCCUGGCUUUCUUCUCUACGAGAGAUCUCCUCUUGAUGCCAUUACGCUCAUCCUAUUCGGUUCCUACCUCCACGUCACCUCACUUUGAGGAUGUCGACCUUAGCGCAGGAGCAGGCCUGCUUGCAGGCUCAGUCUUUAAUGGCGUUGCUCGUGGACCCAAGAGGAUUGUUUCGGGUGGUCUGACGACGGGCCUGUUGUGCGGCCUAACACAAGUCAUCGUCAACGAGGCCUAUCUCGCUCGGCUGCGAUACCUGUCAGGCAAAAACGGUGGCAACGCUAUGCCUACGUCUGCCUCGAUGUCACUCAGAGAUCCUCCUCCAGCAAGCUCCAUAAGCGCGCAGCCCAGCAAACGGUCAAAGCUGGCUUCGUUCUACCCAAUUCGACGUGUCUCAGACGACGAAUAUGCCGACAAGCUUCGCGAGAAGCUGUCAAAGACGAACGCUCAGCUUGCGGAUCUUGACAGCCAGAUUGCCCAGGAGGAAGUACGACUGAGGCAUCUGAGCGCGCGGCAAGCCUAA